AUGAAGGCCUUCCUCAUUCUUGCGACGGCGGCGGCCACGGUCUCGGCCAAGGUCGCGAGCUCGGUCCUCCGCCAGCUCGAAGUCGACGGCAAGUCGGACGUCUUUGUGCGCUUCGCCGACCCGUCCGCGGCCCUCGAAGCCGCGACGCUUGAGAACAAGCCGCUCGAGCGCCAAGAGGUCUUUGACAUCCUCUCGGAGGUCACGACGACGGGCCACAAGAGCAUCGAAGCCGUCACGGCCGGCUACAAGGUCACGCCCACGUGGCUGGUUACGGGCGCGUUCAUCGACGGCGCCGACAAAGACCUCAUCGCCAAGCUCUCGCUGAACAAGGCGAUCAAGUCGGUCGAGCACCUCCCGGACAUUGAGCUCGAGCCGCUUUUGACCAAGGAGAUUGACGCGCCGGCGGCCAACAUCACCAACCAGUGGGGUGUCAACACGGUCGGCGCCCCGGAAGUGUGGAAGAACUUCAACGGCAAGGGCGUUGUCAUUGGCUCGAUCGACACGGGCGCGCGCCACACGCACAACUUGAUCAAGGACUCGUGGCGCGCCGACCGUGGUUGGUACGACCCGUACAACCAGACCGCGCUCCCCGAAGAUCUCGGCGGCCACGGCACCCACACGAUCGGUACCAUGACGGGCAAGGACGGCUACGGUGUCGCACCCGGCGCGCAGUGGAUCGCUUGCCGCGGCCUGUACAUCAAGAGCGGCUCGUCGCAGGCGCUCAUGCAGUGCCUUCAGUUCAUGAUGUGCCCGACGCGCACGGACGGCACGCACCCCGACUGCUCCAAGGGCGCCCACGUCAUCAACAACUCGUGGGGCAGCGCCAAGUUCAACCCGGUGUACGAAGAAGCGGUCGCCGCUCUCCGCAAGGCCGGCAUCACGCCCGUCUUCUCCAACGGCAACAGCGGCCCGGCCUGCGGCACGACGGGCAACCCCGGCACGUACCCCAACGUCAUCUCGGUCGGUGCGAUUGGCUCGUACACGGAUGAGCCGACGAAGCUUGCGUUCUUCUCGUCCAAGGGCCCUGGCACGUAUAUCGAUGCGCACAACGUCCAGCAGACGAUCGUCAAGCCGACCAUCUCGGCGCCCGGCUUCUUUACGCUCUCGGCUUACAACACGGGCGACUCGGCGGUCAAGUACAUGGCCGGUACGUCGAUGGCCGCGCCGCACGUCGCUGGUGUCGUCGCGCUCCUCAAGUCGGCCAAGAUCGACUUGACGUACGAGGAGAUCUACGCCUACUUAACGCAGACCGCCGACCAAAAGAUGCUCGAGGGUGAGCCCAAGGAGUGGGUCGUCCCCAACAACAAGAACGGCACCGACAUCUACCCGGGCGCGCCCAACUGCGGUGGCGUCGACGACACCAAGUGGCCCAACAACCGGUACGGCUACGGCCGCGUCAACGUGGCCAACAUCCUCAAGGACGGCAAGUUUGUCUCGAUCUCGACGCCCGCGCCGACGACCAAGGCGCCGGCCCCCGAGCCCGUGGGUGCCAAGUUCUGCACGUACAAGAAGACGGUGCUCUCCGAGUGGAACAACCAGCUCUUCAUCGACACGAUCAAGAACAACAAGAACGAAGGCUUCGUCAUCGACCUCAAGUACAACAUCAUCCAGUCGGCGAGCUCGGAGGAUGGCUGCUUGUCGCUGAUCAAGGACGCCACCAACACCAACUCGGUCGCGCUGGCCAAGUGCACCGGUGACGCGACGCAGAUCUGGAAAUUUGACACCGUCGCCAAGCGCAUCGUCCACCCGCACAACGGCGAGUGCCUCGACGCGUUCCGGGACGGCGACAAGUUUGGCCUGCAUACGUACGCCUGCGACGCCACCAACGCCAACCAGAAGUGGCUCAUCGACGCGGCUGGUCACAAGAUCAAGCACGCGACGCACAACAACUUGUGCUUGGAUGUGGACCCCACCAACCCGACGCACGCGGCGCAGGUCUGGGAGUGCCAUGACUGGAACACCAACCAGUGGAUCGACGCUGUCGCGUAUUAA